CUCAACUAUUGGCCUCAGUUCCUGUCAGCAUCAGCCAUGUCGUGCCGGGAUAUCCACGCUACCAGCUUUGCCUUCAUUAUUGCUUUUGUGUCUGUAGGAGGGAUUGCUGUGGCAGCAUUAAUCCCACAGUGGCGAGUUACAAGACUUGUCACUUUCAAUCGCAAUGCCAAGAAUAUCAGUGUGUAUGAUGGGCUGUGGGCAAAAUGUGUGAAGCAGGAUGGCUAUUCAGGAUGCUACUACUAUGAUUCAGAGUGGUACUCUAAAGUGGACCAGCUGGACUUGCGGCUACUUCAGUUCUGCCUACCUACAGGCCUGCUGUUUGGCUCUUUAGCCUUACUGCUAUGCAUGGCAGGAAUGUGUAAGACCUGCUGCUGUUCUGAUAAGCCGGAACCAGACAUUAAGACCACACGAUUCCUGGUCAACAGUGCAGGAUGCCACCUGGUGGCCGGGAUGUUCUUGUUCCUGGGUGGAGCUAUCGCCAUUGCACCCUCUGUGUGGUUCCUGUUCCGUACCAAGGAGAUGAACAAAAGAUAUGACAACAUUUUCUCUGAUGGCUUUGCUGCGUAUGUAUCCAUCGGCUGCUCUGGAGGGUUGAUGCUUGCUGCCCUGCUCAUGUUCAUGUGGUACUGUAUGUGUAAGAAGUUGCCUUCACCAUUCUGGUUGCCCCUGCCCUCCAUGCCUACCUCUCUGUCCACUCAGCCACUCACUGCUAAUGGAUAUCCCCCUUCCCCAGUCUACGGUCCUCAGCCAUUCCCCCCACAGACAUAUCCUCCCACAGUAAUCGAUGCCCAGGCUUAUGUGCCCUCCCAGGGCUAUGCCCAAAGUGUAGCUACUCCUGCACCACCACAGGUGUACAUGUCUCAGAUUUCUGCUCCAGAUGGGUAUGGGUCAGAGGUGGGAGGGACCCAGGCAUACAGCUAUGCUCCUUCACAAAGUUAUGCUCCCUCACAAAGUUAUGCUCCAUCACAAAGUUAUGCUCCAUCUCAGGGCUACACAUCCAGCUAUGCUGGCCACCGCUACUCCACCCGAUCACGAAUGUCUGCUAUCGAGAUCGACAUUCCUGUGCUGACUCAGGGACAGUGAGAGGCUGAAAACCUUAGCACACUGAAGCCUUCUGUCUGUAUGCAUCAAUGAAACUCACCUCUGAUGCAGCUAACAGAACAUGAUAGAUGGAAUUUAAUAAUAUUAGAGCUAUAUAAAGCACAUAGAGUGAGUUUUCAAGUAUUUGUUCAGUCAGUCCAGGUCUGUAAGUUGAUUUAAAGGGAAGAGAAGCUGUGACAGUAACCCUGGAGGUACUACAGUAUAUAAAGGAUUUCUGUCACUAAAGCACUGGAGCAAACACUGCAUGGAGCUUAGUACUGCAUAGAACAUAGACUUUUACAUCAGCAUUUUCACUAUUUCACCAGCAGAAUGGGAUGGCCUGUUUCUCACAUACCACAGCGGCCAACAGGACCAACUUGAACAAAGUCCUACUCUGGCUAGUGAAGCCUUUUAACUGGCAGGGCAAAAGGGCAAAACACUAUAUUACUGUUACUGUUCUAUGUUCAACCACAAGCUGCUUGUUGUUCUUUCUUUUUGGGAGGUCUUCUGUAACACUGGCUUUACUAACUUUAAAUCUACUUAAAUAUCUUACAGGACAUUUAACUGAAUCAUUUUGUGUCUUUUGACUAUUGUGUAAUAUGAAUUGUGUUGUUGUCACAGUGCCCUAUGAAGAGCAGCUGUUAUAGAUGUUAAAUGCACUAAAAUGAAGUGAAUACUGUGCCAGUUUUACACUGCCUUUGUUAACUGAUUUUUUCUAAUGUAUUGCCUCUAACAGAAAUGAAUCACUAACAUGUUAAGUCAAACAUACAUUUUAUCUGUGUUACAUUUAUUGUGCUAAUGUAGUUUUGAUCCUGUGUAGAAAUCUGAUUAGUGGUUUUAACAAUUGUUAAGCCAAAUUUUACAGUUUAAAUGUUGCCUUUUGUUUUGUAUCCUGAGCACUGAUUAAGAGUCUUAUGUGUCAUUUUUGUUUUAGGUAUUGUAAAAGAAGGUAUUGUUAAUGAAGUGAUUUUUUUUAUAUUACAAUCAUGUUCAAUUAAAAAAAAAAUACAUUA